AUGUCUUCCUCCUUCUUUAGACCUUUUGCCUCCUUCUUAGCAUCCUCCUCAGCUUCUUUUUUGUUUCUUCCCCAACUUUUUCUUCUUUCCUUUCAGCCUUUUUCAGACGAUCUUUUACUUCCUUCAACUUUUCCUCAGCUUCCUCUCGCUUCUUAUUUGCAGCUUCACCUCUCUCUUCCUCCCUCUUUCGGCGCUCACGCGCUUCUUUCAAAAUCAUUUCUUCACGUUUUAUCUUCUUAUCGAGAUUCUUAA